UGUUACUCAACUUUUUUUUUGCUCUUGUUGCUUUGAACAUCUUGCCAUGCCAGCUGAAAAUUCAGAAAGCCUUAUUCAAUUGUCAGCAUCAAGCUGGAAUGAAGAUCAAAAAAGGGCAGUUGCUCGGAUAGCCGGACAAGCACUAACGAGUAUUGAGCCCAUCGUCCAACAACAUUGGGGAAGAGAAUGCUGGUUUCAAUUGUUGGCUCAUUUAGAACUUUCUCAGCAAGAUCUUGUCUCGAACCCAAUAUCUUACGACCAAGCCGCAGAGCUGUUGUCAACAGGAGACCGUGAUAUUCGUAUCGAGAUACUCGUCGAUCUUUUGGCAGUGUCAAUGCACCUAAACAAACAGCCUUCGUCACAAGAAGGCAUAGUAUAUGACGCUCGUGCACGACGUUUCUUAUUCGAGCUUGCUCGGCUUGCAAAACUAAGUCCGGCCGAUGUUACUGCAGUUGAGCGAAGUAUAGCCCAACAAAUGUACUUUGCACUGCAAGAAAGCUCGGGCGAAAAGGACCCUAAUCUACACGAUCGAGCAUCAUUGAUGGAUAAAUCUGCGAAAAAAAAGAUAGAAGAGACAAACCAGAAAAAGAAGACUUUCAAAUGGUUGGCCACGGGUGCAGGUGUGCUUGGUGGUGGUGCUCUCAUAGCCCUCACAGGUGGGUUGGCCGCACCGCUUUUGGCUCCUCUGCUAGCAGGUUUGACAGGUGCCACUUUCUUUGCAACUGCUGGUGGUGUGGCAUUAAUGACUAGCUUGUUCGGUUUAACUGGUGGUGGUCUGGCAGGAUGGAAGAUGCAUAGACGAAUGCAAGGGCUUCAAGAAUUUGGCUUCCAACAAAUUUUGAAUGAUGCCGAUUUACCGCCGAUACCGACGCUGCAGUGCACUAUCUGCAUUUCAGGGUUCCUGAUGGAUAACAAGGAUGAGUUUAGAACACCGUGGGAGCGUGGAUUUGCUCGUGCCAAAAAUUACAACGACAUAUACUGCCUUCAAUACGAAAGCGACGAGUUGAUGGAUUUGGGUCUCGCAUUUGAAAAGUUUGUUAAAAACCAGGCCAUUCGCUACGCAGGCGUCGAAGUAGCGAAGCAAACUGCUCUUCGCGCUUUCUUUUCCGCUGUUGCAUUGCCUGCGACGCUGCUAAAGAUAGCCGAUGUAGUUGACAAUCCAUGGCAGAUUGCUGCCGACAGAUCACGAAAAGCAGGUGUUGUGUUGGCCAAUGUUCUGGAGAACCGUGUUCAGGGUAACCGACCCGUCAGCUUGGUUGCAUACAGUUGUGGGUGUCUUGUCAUUUGGCACUGCCUACAAGAACUAUAUGAGCGCAAAAAGUUCGGUCUCAUCGAUCACGUUGUGUUUAUGGGAGCUCCAAUUUCUGGCGAGGAUACUCAGGCUUGGAAAGAUUGUCUGUCUGUGGUGUCUGGGCGCUCUAUUAAUUGCUUCACUGAUAAAGACUGGGUUCUCGCAUUUGUUUACCGACUCCAUUCCUUGGAUAACGCUGUUGCAGGAUUACGGCCAGUGAAACAUGUCCCUCAAUUGGAAAAUGUUCAAUUAGACCUAGAAGGCCAUACGAGUUACAGGGAUGCUGUCGAGGAUAUUCUAUCCACCAUAGGAAUCUCUUAGAAAAUUAAAACCCUUGUCAUCUCCUCGCUUUCAUUGAUAACCCAUACAAAAAAAAUCAUUUUGUACAUAUAUAACUCUUUCUCAGGCAUGUCAUUUUUUAUUAAACACUCUUUUUCUAUGGUAAAAAGAUGACGCCACCAUCGUGCUCACUGUUGUUAUUACUUUU